AUGGCGGAUCUUCAGCCUACUCCUUGGUCUGCAGAUGAACUAGUAGGAGAGCUACUUGACAAUGAAUCGCCAUUCUUCAUAAUUCCUGAUCAAGUGGCCGAGGCAUCAAACUUGGACGUUGCAUCGAAUCAUUCACCUGUGUAUAACAGGCUAAUGUCCGCUGUUUACUCGGGGCCAACCAUGCAAGAUAUAGAAAGUGCUUUGUCUGUGACCGAGUAUAGAAAUCAAACCGAGCAUGUCUCACAAGCCAGAGUUUCCAUGGUGGAGAGAGACUUGAGUAGGACUCAUGAGAACAAUUACAGGUACACGCUGAGAAUUAAGAGUUGCGACAAUGCAUUGGCUGAUGAUGGUUAUAAAUGGAGGAAGUAUGGCCAGAAAUCUAUAAAGAAUAGCCCAAACCCCCGGAGCUAUUACAGGUGCACAAACCCAAGGUGUGGUGCAAAGAAACAGGUGGAGCGGUGCAGUGGUGACCCGGAAACUCUCAUCAUCACCUACGAAGGCCUUCACCUCCACUUUGCUUACCCAUUUUUCCCACGCAACCUACCACAACAGCAGCAUGUGAAUUCCCCUGCUAAGAAGAAGCAAAGGAAGCCCACGAGUAGUAGCAAUUCACAAGGCAGAAAUGAUCAGGAGGCGCAACGCAGCUUUACUACUAGUAUAAACGAUGCAGAAGAAAGCUCGGACAAUGUUACCUACUCUAGCCCUGUAAUACCACCACCACCGGCAACAGUCGGCGACGUCAAUACAGGAUGGGAGCAUAAAGGAACAGAGGGCGACUACUCGCCACAAGGCUUGCUUGAAGAUGUGGUGCCAUUACCAAUUCGUAAUCCCUUGAUUAAUCCGACGUCCGUGAAUUCUUCGUCCUCUUCCUCUUUUCCAUCUACUCCAACUUCACCUUCUUCCAUUUCGUGGCCUCCGGGCUAUUCAACCUUAGGCUUCGUCGGAUUUUAG